AUGUCCAAGGCUAUCGCCAACAGUGGAUUCCAGCCUGACGAGUUUGCUGCCAACUCCUUUAGAAUUGGUGCUGCUACCAUGGAUGUACAUCUUGGGUUAUCAGCCAAAAGGAUUAAGGAUUUAGGGCGGUGGAAGUCAAACACUUACAAGGGGUGGACAUGGAUUGGACUCCUAACUAUGGAUAACGACAAUGGAGAAAGAUUUGUGCAAAGUGUGGUUCCACCUUUUUCUCAGAGUGGUAUCUGCUUUGCCUUCAUAGAAAGAACCCAAACAUUGACCGUUGUCACUGAUAUUGAUGACAUGUUUAACAAGGGAGGUAAAAUACAUGACAAAAUCAUAGACAGUAAAGCCCAUGUAGUGGUGGCAUAUGGAGAAUCCUAUGGGAUUGUGUUCUUGAGAUGGCUUCCAUAUCUGUCAGGACAAGAACAUAUGAAGAAGAAGUCAAAAGUUCAUGCCAAUGAUCUCCCAGGAUUUCAAGGAUUUGUUAGAAGCAGAAACCCAUCCAGCACCACAGGAGAUGGUUUCAUCAAGGACUUCUGGCAACAGGCCUUUGGCUGUGUAUUCCCAAAUACAAAUGCAGUCCAGGCGGAUGGUGAUGCACAGCCUCUAUCUGUGUGCAGUGAGAGUUGUUACCCUGGUUCUGGCAAGAAAGUGAAGGAGGGUGAGGCAUUUUGCUGCUAUGAUUGCUUUCCAUGCCCAGAAGGAAAGAUUUCAGACCAGAAAGAUGCAAGUGAUUGUCAUAAAUGCACAGAUGAAAAAUAUCCAAACGAAAGACAAGACCAAUGUAUUCCCAAGGAUGUCAGCUUCUUGUCUUAUGAAGAACCUUUGGGCCUCUGUUUAGCCUCUUUAGCGCUUUCAUCUUCUAUGAUCACAACUCUAGUGCUUGCAACGUUUAUAAAACACCACAAUACUCCCAUUGUCAAAGCCAACAAUCGGGAUCUCACCUAUACUCUCCUCAUCUCACUCCUGCUUUGCUUCCUUUGUGUAUUUCUGUUUAUUGGAGAACCCCAUGUGGCGAUGUGUCUCUUCCGACAAAGUGCUUUUGGCAUCAUCUUCUCAUUGGCUGUUUCUUGUGUGCUGUCAAAAACCACUACAGUGGUUCUGGCUUUCAUGGCCACCAAACCUGGAUCCAAAAUGAGGAAGUGGGUGGGAAAGAGUCUAGCCAGUUGCAUUGUUCUUUCCUGUUCCCUCAUCCAAGCACUUAUCUGCACUGUUUGGCUUGCAACCUCUCCCCCAUUCCCAGAUGUUGACAUGCACUCCUUCACCUCAGAAAUUGUAUUAGAAUGCAAUGAGGGAUCUGAGAUCAUGUUCUACUGUGUGCUUGGCUACAUUGGAUUCCUGGCAUUUGUCAGUUUCGCUGUGGCUUUUCUUGCCAGAAAGUUACCUGGCAGUUUCAAUGAAGCCAAAUUCAUCACUUUCAGCAUGUUUGUCUUUUGCAGUGUUUGGUUAUCAUUUAUUCCUUCCUACCUGAGCACAAAGGGAAAAUACAUGGUGGCAGUGGAGAUCUUCUCUAUUUUAACUUCCAGUGCUGGACUGCUGGGUUGCAUCUUUUCCCCAAAAUGUUACAUAAUUGUCUUGAGACCUGAGCUGAACAACAAGGAACAGCUGAUCAGGAGAAAACCUCAAAAAAUGUAA